AUGGACAACUCAAAGACCAAGGCGAAUGUCUCUGUCAAGACUAGUCGAGGCAAAGAUCUGGAGGGACACGACUUGCCGCCAUCCCCCGCACCCUCCAGUCCUCGCCCGCGUCGGAAGUAUGCCUUAGCCACCGAAUUGGUCUAUACCGAGAGCAAUGACCAGUACAAUGCCUCGAGCAUCCCGAUUUACCAGUCCGCAACAUUCAAGCAAUCCUCCGCAUCCGGCUCCGGCGAAUAUGACUAUACCCGGUCCGGGAACCCUACACGAACGCAUGUCGAACGUCACCUCGCCAAGAUCAUGUCUGCAUCACGGGCGCUAGUGGUCACGUCCGGAAUGGCAGCUCUUGAUGUCAUCACCCGCCUCCUCCGCCCCGGCGAUGAAGUGGUGACCGGAGAAGAUCUAUACGGCGGAUCUCACCGAUUGUUGAAGUUCCUGUCGACGACCAGCGGGAUCAUCGUCCAUCACGUCGACACUACGAACGUCGACGCGGUCACAGGAGUUCUCUCCGACAAAACCACCCUGGUGCUCUUGGAGACCCCUACGAACCCGCUACUCAAAAUUGUCGAUAUCCCCGCCAUCGCCGCCGCGGCUCACUCCGCGAAUCCCGACUGCCUAGUCUCCGUCGAUAACACCAUGCUCUCGCCCCUGCUUCAGACACCCUUGGAUCUCGGCGCCGACAUCGUGUACGAGUCGGGGACCAAGUACCUGUCGGGACAUCAUGAUAUCAUGGCCGGUGUCAUCGCGGUCAACAACACCGUGCUCGGCGACAAGCUGUACCACAGCAUCAACGUGUUCGGCUGCGGGCUUUCGCCGAACGAUUCGUGGCUGCUCAUCCGCGGAGUGAAGACCUUGGGUGUCCGCAUGGACAAGCAGCAAGCGAACGCGCAACGGAUCGCCGAAUUCCUGGAGGAUCUGGGACUCAAAGUGCGGUUCCCUGGGCUCCGCUCACAUCCGCAGUACGAUCUGCACUGGAGCAUGGCCCGCGGUGCCGGGGCGGUGCUCUCGUUCGAGACGGGCGAUGUGGAAAAGAGCGAGCGGAUCGUGGAGUCGGCGCGGCUCUGGGGCAUCUCGGUGAGCUUCGGGUGCGUCAACAGUCUGAUCAGCAUGCCGUGCCGGAUGAGCCAUGCGAGCAUCGAUGCGAAGACGCGGGCCGAACGGGCGAUGCCUGAGGAUAUCGUGCGGUUAUGUGUGGGGAUUGAAGAUGCGGAUGAUUUGAUUGACGAUUUACGGCGAGCGUUGGUGCAAGCUGGCGCGGUCGAUGUCUCCCCUGAGGGCAUUAAAGCCCUCGAGAACGAAGCUCAAUCAUGA